AUGCAUCCGCAUCUGGGGAGCCUGCAGUCAGUGACAGGUGCAGGGCAAAGCCUACGGGACCCCUGCACCUCGAAGGAGGAAGGGCCCCCUAGCCCCUCUUUUUGUUUUGGGGGUGACCGGGGUGGUGCAGAGGCUGUGCCCACCCACAAAACCAGGCCUGGGGCUGACCUUCAGAGGGCUCUGUGUGUGGGCUCCUGGAACGUCCGGAGCCUCUCGGACGAUGAUCGACUGCCCUACUUAUCAAAUGAGCUCAGAAGGCUGAGGGUGGACAUAGUGGCACUCUCUGAGACAAGGAGGCCUGGCAAUGGCGAGAUCAGUGAAGGGGUGUUCACCUUCUACUGGUCCGGCAUGAGCAAUGGCUUCCAUGUCAGGGGAAUACCUAUGGGCAUCUCCAACCAUCUGCCAUUUGUGGUUGAGGUUGCUCCGGUUGAUGAGCGUAUAAUGCGAGCGAGGCUGAAGCACACACUGGGCUUCAUGUCUCUUGUUGCAGUGUACGCUCCUACCGAGAUGCGUGAAACUGAAGAGAAGGAGACGUUCUACGCCAAACUCGUCUCCGUAUUAGACCAGUGCCCUCCCCGGGACACACUCAUUGUCCUGGGCGACUUCAGUGCUACUACUGGCAUUGACAGGGUUAGGGUUGGCUACGAGCUAUGUGUACUGAGAUUUACCUGUACCUUCAAACGCGAGACUCUACAAACUGCCAAGGAGUGCAUCGGAGAGCAUCCGAGAUCUAGGAGUGGCUUUGCCUCGAUGGAGACGUUGGAGAAUAUCGAGGAGAGUCGCGGUGCCAGACUUGCUGGGAACCGGGACCAAUACAGGGUUCUGUCAUGUAGGACUAGUGCUCUCCUAAGGAGAGACAAGGAGAGGUAUGUCAGGGGUCUCGCCGAGGAGGUCGAGGGCCAUUUAAAUGCGAAUGACCACCAACCUGCCUACAGAGCCCUGAAGAAGCUCCGCUCCAAGUCUUCCUCUCAGAUGAGCGCUAUCCGAACAGCUGAUGGCUGCCUCGUGUUGGACAUGGAUGGGCAGAGGGCUCAUUGGGCUGAGUACUUUGAGCAGUUGUACAUGGCGGACCCUCCGCGUGGGCAGCUUCCAGUUACUGGGUUGCAGGUGGCGGAUGCUGACCCACCCAUUGACGAAAGCCCACCCUCUCUGGGCGAGGUCAGAGAGGCUGUGGCCAAGUUAAGGGGUGGGAAGGCAUCUGGCGCCUGUAACAUCAGCGCGGAGCUGCUCAAAGCUGGAGGUGAGGCCAUGAUCCACGGGUUGCAUGCGGUCUUGACUGCCAUAUGGCAGUCCGGUACCAUUCCUCCUGACUAGAAGAGGGGGUUGGUCAUCCCUAUCUGGAAAGGGAAAGGGGACCGCCAGGACUGCAACAACCACCGUGGUAUUACACUGCUCAGUGUGCCAGGCAAGGUGCUUGCCCACCUAUUGCUGAUGCGAAUUCGCAGCCAGCUGCUGAAGCUCUAGAGACCUGAACAGUCUGGGUUCAUGCCUGGUAAGUCAACAACUGACCAUAUCCUAGCGCUUCGCGUACUGGUGAAGCGCCGAUGAGAGUUUCGACAGGGGAUACUUGCAGCCUAUGUCGAUCUCAAGAAGGCGUUUGAUUCAGUGCAUCGUGAGGCACUCUGGGAUCUUCUUUGACUCCGUGGGAUUCCUGCGAGGACUAUUGGUUUGCUGACUGGCCUGUAUUCUGGGACAGAGAGUGCUGUGAAGUGUGGGGGGGGCUUGUCCAGCUUCUUUCCCAUGAAUGCGGGAGUGAGGCAGGGCUAUGUCCUUGCCCCAUCACUUUUCAACACUUGUAUGGACUGGGUACUGGGCAGAGUUGUGGACCAGAGUCAUUGCAGAGCAUCCAUUGGCAAUACCAGGGUCACUGACCUUGUUUUUGCUGAUGAUGCAGUAAUCCUAACGGAGUCGCUGGAGGUUUUGGUGAUGGCUCUCGAGGUACUGCACGAGGAGGCGAAGCCCUUGGGACUUCAGGUCUCCUGGGCCAAGACCAAGGUACAGGUGUUUGGAGGCUUGCUGGAUGACACAGUACAGUCUGUUCAUGCAUGUGUCGAGGACGUUGAGAUCUCAGAAAGUUUCACGUAUCUUGGUAGCGUAGUUCAUAACAACAGUGAGUCUGGCCAGAAAGUCUUACAACGGAUUGGUCUGGCCCACGGUGUUAUGGACUCGCUCAACACAAGUAUAUGGCGUUGUCGAUACCUGUGCAGAAGGACAAAGAUCCAGAUCUUCAAGUCCCUUGAGCUCCCAGUCUUACUUUAUGGUUGUGAGACAUGGACACAACAGUACCCUCGUUUGAAUUUCCCGCCGCCUCCUCCCUAUCGCAUUUGGUUCAACUCGGCACAGCCUCAAUACCACACAAGCCAACGACUUGAGAGAUGUGUAGCUUCACUCUGGUUAUGAGCCCCUCUCAUGAAAGGUGAGAUAGAGAGGAUGAAAACAAGAAGAAAGGAGAAGGGUGUGGGGAGGGAGGGUCAGAAAGGAGAGUCAGGUCAGGGCUUUGGUCAUGAUAUGACCUGACUCAGGUCAGGGCUUUGGUCAUGAUAUGACCUGACUCAGGUCAGGUCAUGUCCUGACUUGUCACACACACACACACACACAACAGUGAGUGGUCUCAGUCCUACCCAAAGAUCGGUACUACGAGCUCUGUGCUCUUCCGUAGGGGAACGGCUGGCUGUCUCGUGAGAGACCCGCAGCAGACCAAGAGGUGAAAAAAAAUUACACACACACACACAGAAGAGGAAUGAGAAUGGUGUGGGGAGGGAGGGGCAGAAAGGAGAGUCAGAUCAUGGCUUUGGUCAGGAUAUGACCUGCCCCAGGUCAAGACAUGACCUGACUCUCCCUUCUGCCCCUCCCUCCCCCCACCCUUCUAAUUUCCCUUUCUGUGUGUGUGUCUGUGUGUGUGUGUGUGUGUGUCAUGACAUAACCUGACUCUCCCUUCUGCCCCCCCCCCCCACACACACACACACACACACACACACACACACACCUUUCUAAUUUCCCCUUAUGUGUGUGACGCACACCUGGAAUAGUUGCUGCCGCCAACGCGGUGGGAAGAAAAAAGGCCCGGGGUGACACCAGCUUAUGGACAACCGACAACUCGCUCCUGGAUAUGCGUAUGGGCGUUGCCAGUAGCCACAACGGUUAGAGGAAAAUGGCCAGUGUGACACCGCCAUAUGGCAGUGAGGCUGCUGAUUGGGUUAGCGCUGGAGAUGAUGUCAUCGCACUCCCAGUGAAUCACAAGCGUGUUUUCAGUGCUUAGCCAAUCAUAAGGCUUCAUCUGUGGCUUUAAAACGACCCGUUCUCUCCAAGAAACGAAUACGUGAAAAUAAGGAGAGAAGAAGAGAAAGGAUAUGAAAAGGAUAUUGUUGAAGGUACAUAUUCUGAGAUAACGAGGGAGUAAAAGAGGAAAAAAGUGAGCUCUGGGGGGCAGCAUGAGCCAAUUAUAAUGGCGGCACUAUAAACAGUUGUCUGUGCCAUGACAGGCUUGGGGCCAACCAUCAGGCAAAGAUGGAUAGUCUACCGGCGCCAUAGGCCACAUGUACAAAAAAAGAAAAAAAAAAUCUCCACGGGUCGGAACAAAUAAGCGCUUUUUCAGUGUUUUCAAUGCCUCAAGUUUAGCAUUAUACCUUCGGAACGAAGCGAGCGUGAAACUUGAGAGGGUACUGUAAAUGGCGACUUGGAGAGGCAGAUUGAUGCCUUUGGUAAUAAGUGUCUACACAGAAUCAUGGGAUAUCGCUGGAAUGACUGUGUCAAACCGGCGAUUACUCCGUGAGACUGAUUCGACAUAUAUUACCUGCAUAGUCCGUCAAUGCCAACUACAGCUAUACGGGCACGUGGCACGUUUUCCGGAAGUUGAUCCUGCUCAUCAGGUUGUCUCUGUAAGAGACAAUCCUGAGUGGAGGAGGCCAAGGGGACGCCCACGGAGUUCGUGGCUUGAGCAAGUCGAUAGAUCCUGCCAGGAGGUACUCGGGUUGGGAAGGGGGCCUGCAUGGAGACUCGCAGGUUUGGCGUCGUAGGGUGGGCGUGGCGACACGCCCCCCGGCAUAUGCCCCCAUUGAUUGAUUGAUAUAUAUAUAUAUAUAUAUAUAUAUAUAUAUAUAUAUAUAUAUAUAUAUAUAUAUAUAUAUAUAUAUAUAUAUAUAUAUUUUCAGUAGGCAUGCCUACUGUGCUACUUUAUGGUCCACAUAUGAGCUCGUAUAGUAAGAAUUUGUGUAGUAGGAAUACAUGUUCUUAUGGGAAAAUGGUAUAUGGGCAGCACUGCCCUGACUGACUAACAUUUUUGUAUGGCUGCCUUCCUUGCCAACUGCCUUAUGGCCAUGCCCUCGUCAUAGGACACCAAAAAGAUACACAUACACUCGAC